ACGACGUAACCAAUCGUGACAACGCACGCACUUCGCCGGGUAAAGUGAAACAAGAAACAUGGCAGAUCAAAUCAGUUGGAUACCGCUGGAAUCAAACCCAGACGUUCUGAACAAGUACAUUCACAAUUUGGGUGUACCAAAAGAAUGGCAAUUUGUGGAUGUUUAUGGCCUGGAACCAGAUCUGUUGGGAAUGGUUCCCAAACCUGUAGCUGCUGUAGUUCUCUUGUAUCCAAUUACAGACAAGUCAGAGGCAACCACUAUUGGUGAACAGAAACAAAAUCCCGACUUGUACUUUGUCAAACAGACAAUUAGAAAUGCAUGUGGCACCGUGGCCAUUGUUCAUGCUCUUGCCAAUAACCAGGAUAAGAUAAAAUUCCUUGAUGAUAAACACUUUGCUCAGUUUCUCAAAAAGACCCUUAGUAUGUCAGCUGAAGAAAGAGCUGAAUUUCUGCAAGUGGACCAGGACAUGGGAUCAGCUCAUGAGGACACAGCACAAGAAGGACAGACUAAGGCCCCUCCAAGUGAAGCCAAAGUCAACACUCACUUUGUUUCCUUUGUGUGCAAAGAUGGAGGAUUGUACCAACUGAAUGGUCGAGAUGAUGCCCCCAUCUACCAUGGACCAUGCACUCCUGACUCUUUGUUGGAGAAGACUGCAAAGGUUGCUAAACAGUUCAUGGAGAGGGAUCCAGACGAGUUAAACUUCACUCUGAUGGCGCUGAGUAAAGUCGAGUGAAAAAGUCGCUCCAUUGAUCUCGGUCAAAAAAUAUUCUCCUAAUAAGCUUAUUUGGUGCACCAGGAUUUUCUCACAAGAAAUAUUUGCUGCGCUGUGUCAUUUGAAGUACUCAUGAAACUUACUCACAACUACCAAGUCUGCUUUAAGUGACUUACACAUUGUCAGUGCCGUUGUUGUGCAAUGCAGAUAAGUAUUCAAAAACUUCCAGCUUUAAACAUGUAGUUGUUUCUUUGUACAGAUGUAUAUAAUCUGGAUUGUUAAAACUUCUCUUUCUGAACUUUUUUAAAUUUAUCACUUAAAUUUUUUUUUUUACAUAUUUUCAAGACUUUUGGCAUCAUUUAUCACUUGGAAAUUUUUAUAUUCAGUUUGUUUUUGGUUUUUGAUUCAGAAAAAAAUUAUUUUUGCAAAUGGGAUCAUUUAUUUGGUUUUAGUAUAAACUGUACAUAUUUUUUCAGGAUUUAGAAAUUGAAAAUGCCAUUUUCGUAGAAUACUGGGAAUAACUAGUACUAAAUUAACUGGUAUAUUGACCGAUAUAUGUAUGUAUUAAAUCGGAAAUUUUGCUUUCAUCUUCAAAUUAUACAGGCAAAUCAAAAUGGAAACAAUGUCAAAAAGUUUCUUUUUGUUAACACUGUGAUAACUAACUAUGUAUUAGGGUCUGACAGUUCAUAAACAAGUUAUCCCUAGUCGUGUGUAUGUUGUAUUGCAGUAUCAUUGCUAACGUAAAAUGGGAUUCCUUGUAAUAUGGAAAUGGAUGCUUGAUUCUUUUCUGCAUUGUGAAAAUGCUGUAAGCAUGUGAUGGCCAUAAUGAAAUAAAUGUAUUUUGUAGUACA